UAGGGCAUGAAAAGUGACAUGCUUUUAUUGAUAGGCCUGCUGGUGCAAAUUUAAAGUUUAUUAUGCCUACAAAGUUGUGAAGGUUUUCUGUUUAAAAACAUAGGACUUCCUCCAUUUUCAAUUUAUAACUUUUCAGGUGUUACAUUUAUUUGUUUUUAAAAUAGAUACAACAUCGAAAAAUUAAUGCAACUUUUUCUGUUUCCAUCAGUUUACAAGAAAAAAAUUCACAAAUGAAAAAAACCUAGUUUGUACUAGAUCACAGUGUUUAGGCAUGUUUAUUUUAACUUUUAAGUGAUUAAAAUAGCAUACUUUUUACUUUGUAAAUAGUAUUGUAUUCUUGCCACUUUAUUGUUAUCUUAACGGGACGUAAUUACGUAAUAAAAACGCAUCCUUAACAGGAAAAACAAAACUGAUCUUGAUUUUUAUUGUGAAAUUAUGCAAUGUAGUCAAAUUAUGUUACACCCAUUGUUUUGUUUAUUCCAAUGUUGCCUUGAUAUAUGAUGUAUAAAAAUAGCUUAAACUUUAAAUGUAAUUGCAUGGUUAAUUUUUUUUGUAUACAAUGACUCCAACUUACUACUCACUAAAAGAAGACUUUUUUGAAGGUGAAACAACUAAAAGAAAAACAAACAAUUUUAUAUUAAACUCUAGUAAUAGUAACACCAGCCAGAGCCUCAAUUCAAGUUAUGCCGAUGUCUUUGAAACAAGUGGAGUCGUGAUACGAGACUAUCAAGGCUCAUUUUCAGGACAGUUACUCGUUACUAACAUAGUCACCUACAAUCUGAACAAAUGCAAAUCAAAUGUUGUCAUUCCCUAUUAUAAAUUGUUAUGUUUGAUUGCAUGGAGACCAUUUGGAAAAGAAGCAGAGUGCGGCCAAUGGUGUAUUGAUAUAUGGAAUUAUUUUUAUACUUUUCUUACUUUUUGUAUAUUACUAUUUUGGUAUGUUAUUCGAGUUUACACAUGUAAUGGUCGGUUAGUACUGGACACCACCACGCCUACGGUUGCACCUACUUUUGCACCCACAGUGAAUCCCAACACCACAAGUCAUAAUUGGUCUCAACUUGUUCCAGCUUCAAAAGUCUAUGACAUCAACAAAACACACAUUGCACCUGCACCGCUUUUUUUGGAUCCAUGUCAACAUGUUUUUGGAACGUAUAUUGUUCCCAGUUUUCUUCACUUUUUGGCAUUUGUUAUCGGGUUUUAUCAUUUUCGUGUGCAGGAACAUGAAGGAUUAUACGCUCUGAUGGAAAAGGUAUAUCUACAAAGUAAUCAUCCUAGUAAAAUCACAAGACAUUUGAGGACUUAUUUGAUAGUUGGUAUGUUGUGGUUAGUCUGCUCAAUGGGAACUAUGGUGUUUUAUUUUUUUGCUUUUGGAUUUUCUUGUGCUUCUGGAGUAACUGCUGAUAGACCUAGGAUUAUGUAUUCCAUAACAACCUUGAUUGUGUUAGCUGGUGUGUUUUCAAACUGUGUAAAUUUAGCUGUGGUAUUAAGUUACUGCGGUCAAUGUCAGCUGUUGAAGUUCUACAUACAAGGUGUGGCCGAAAGAUUAGAAGAGAAAUCGACUGAACUGAAAGCUGCUAUGAAGGAUGUGCUGGACAUUAAAAGACAUUUUGAUCGUUUAAACGGUUUACUAUCACUAAGCAUGUCGUGUAUUGUGUUCGAUCUCAUCAUAGUAGUGGCUAUAACAAUCAUCCUUCUGUUCAACUAUCGUCAAAUGCCCACUGUUGUUGUUGUGUAUCGAGCCAUGGUGGCUGUGCAGUGGGGGUUAAUGCUGAUCUUUAUUCUCGUGCAGGCUGCAUUGUUGACUGCAAGUUCGAAAACACUGAAAGAAAAAGUACUCUCCAUCAGGGUGUUUGGUUACCAGUCUCAUACGCAGUUAGAUAUUGAUUCUUUCUUAAAUUUUCUUAACAUGGUCGAGCUAGAGGCACAAAUCUUCACGAUCCCAGUAAAACCAAGAUAUCUGUGGGGCGUGUUGAUCGUUUGUGUGCAGUUCUUAAUAUUUUUAUUUCAAACAGGACGUGUCAUAGGGGAAAGUAAAUGGGUGUAAACAAGUUAUAUUUAAAUUAUUUCGUUGGGUUAUCCCAAGCUAGUAAGCAAGGAGAAUAAACUUAAAACAUUAUUUUUAAAUAUGUAAGAAGAUCAAAUGGGAAAUAAUUGUAACUCUUUUGGAUCAUCUCACUAGGAGAGACAUUUUCAAGUUAAUAUACUUUUGUGGAUUGAGAAUGUAGAAAAAAAUGUGAAUCGAGUAAUCUAUCUGUACUCAUUGUAUAUAUUGUUA